GAGGUUCACCUCCAAAUACCUGCCCCCUCCGUCCAAUGACCAUUAUAAAAGAGAUAUCUCUAGCGCCAGUUCCUCAGUCUCUUCCCAGACCAGCUACAUCAACAGAUCCAUCAUGAGGUUUAUAGCCCUUACACUCACAGUUUUGCUGGCAGGUAGCCAGGCUCGUUUCCUUCAGGACGAACCUCCAUCACAGCUGGAUCACGUGAAGACCGUUCUGCAGGUGUAUGCAGAUCAGCUAAAGACAUCUGCACACAAAGCCCUCAAUCAUCUUGAUGACACAGAGUUCAAAGACUACAAAGACUUUCUGGGCCAGUCUGUGGACAAUGUCCAUGGCUAUUUUCAGCAUGCCUUUAAAAACAUGGGCACAUAUUCUACCCCGGUCAUGGAAAUCAUCGCUCCAAUGAAUGAGAAGUUGAGGAAUGAUGUGGAGGAUCUCCGCAAGCAGAUUGAGCCCAAACGAGAGGAGCUGAGACAGGUGCUGGUGAAGCACUUUCAGGAGUACAGCACGGAGCUCAAGCCAUUUGUAGAGGAGUACUUGACCAAACACCGCGAGCAAAUGGAGGAGCUGAAGACAAAGUUGGAGCCUGUGGUCCAGAACAUGAAGGGUAAAAUUGCCACCAACUGGGAGGAGACCAAGUCCAAGCUGGUGCCCAUCGUGGAGGCUGUGCGUGAUAAGGUGACAGAGCAUCUCCAGGAACUGAAGACUAAGUUGGAUCCCUACAUCCAAGAUUAUAAGGAACAAAUGGAGAAAAGCACCUUGGAGUUUCGUGAGAGCGUUAGAUCCGGUGAAUUGAGGAAAAAGAUGGACACCCUGGGCGAGGAUGUGAUGCCCCACUUUAAGGCUAUCCUUGCAGCCAUCCAAAAGGCUUUUUAACAACGAGUAAAGCAUUCUUCUUAAUGCCAUUUCUAUUGCCUACUUCCUUUCCACCUCCAUAAAAUACCAACAACUCAAUCUGUAAAGCUUUUCUUAGAGCAUAACUGAUCUUUGUUAAAGCAUAUAUAGCCACUUAUGCUCACAAUGCACUUUCCACAGAUUGCCACAACAUAAGGACUUGCAUUCUUUCUAAUUCCCAAAUACAGCUACGAAAAUGAGAACACUGUUUGGUUAAACAAUCAAACAAUCAAAAAAAAUUGUUGUUAAAAAACUAUUUUAAUGUUCAAUAAAACUGAAUAAAAAUAAAUACUUAAAUUGUA